GCAAACGUUCUUCAUAAACAAUGAGCCUUGUUACAUCAUUCACGGCAGAAACCCAUGACGUCACGUUCCUAUGCCCGUAACUAAGCAACCGUCGCAUUCUGCUGAAACCUUUCCACCAAAGAAGGCAGCACCAAGAAGGGUGCCCCCACGCAUCCCAUCCACCACAGGUCAGCUCACAGACAGGACUGAGGCCCCACCACGUCAGUUGCAGGUUCCUGGAACAGUGCACUUGACCAGUGUCCAGCCCGACUGUGCUGCCAAUAGACCUACCUCCCUCUGUCUCUCCGUCUCUCUGCGCACAUCAACUCUUCAAACGCCUGACCACUAACAACAUGGCAUCAUAUUUGACGCAAGCUGCAAACUUGGUGUUCGGAUCGCUGUCUGCAGCCACCGAGUACGCCAGAGGCUGGGGUCGCAAUAUUCAGUGGGUCUCAAUGAAAGAAGGACAGAGACUGGCCCGAGAACAGAACAAGCCAGCGAUGGUUGUCAUCCACAAGACCUGGUGCCGGGCGUGCAGGGCCCUGAGACCACGGUUUGCAAACAGCCGAGACAUUGAGAAACUGAGCAACGAAUUCAUCAUGAUCAAUGUGGAGGACGACGAGGAGCCGAAGACCUCUGAGUUCAAACCUGACGGAGGCUACAUCCCCAGAAUCCUCUUCAUGGAUCCUUACGGUAACGUGCUACAAGAAGUGAGAAACGAGGGCAGCACACGCUGGAAAUAUUUCUAUGGGGAAACUGGAUCAAUCCUAGACAGCAUGAAGAGGGUACUGAAGCAGACAGGUGGAAACCCAAACGUGCUUGAAACCGUCCGUCCCCGAUCAACCUCCAGAGGUCGUCGCUGAGCGUUGCAUUGAGUCAUAACACAUUACACUGACGUCACAGCCGAUGACGUCACACUACACUGCCAGCACAGCCGAUGACGUCACACUACACUGCCAGCACUUCUGAUGACAUCACAGCCAAUGAUGUCACACGACCACACACGCCACCUACGUCAGCAUCCUACGAUACAGACGGGAGACAAGUCACGUGGGCCUGUCCAUGUGACCGCACCAGCACAGUAUACAUGAUAAGAAAACUACACAGUCCAUGUAGGCGUGCUCAAGACCAGCUCCUAGUGACGUACGCAAAAACGUCAACCCACUGAUGACGUACGCAAACAAGUCAACCCGCGGAUGAGACAACAGCAAAGUCACGAGACAAAAUUCACAAACAGCGAGCCUGGGAAUUGUCAAAGAUCACAAAAGGACUUGUAAUAAUCACAAGACUCCAAUGACGUCACAAACGGUGCGGAAAUCGUAAAGGGGCACACUGUCCUUCCUUUCGAAAAAUCUCAAUCUGAUCACAAAUCCUCUUAAACAGAUCAUGUCUGUCCAGUUGACCUUCAGAUUCUGGGGUCAAGGAGAGAUGUCAAUAAAAGAGUGAAUGGCCUAUCUAAACUCUAA